AUGGAUGACGAUACAUCUGACUUUGGGUCUUUCUAUGAAGCAGAUAAUGAAGAUGAGACCAACACCAUAAUCAAUAUGUCAUAUAAAGUAUUAGUACCAGUUAAAAGAGUUAUUGACUAUGCAGUAAAGAUUAGAGUUAGACCCGAUAAGACUGGUGUCGAGACUGCCAAUGUAAAGAUGUCGGUCAAUCCAUUCGAUGAGAUCGCCGUCGAAGAGGCAAUCAGAAUGAAGGAAGCAGGAUUUGCCAGUGAGGUUGUCGCUGUAUCGUUGGGUCCAAAGACCGUACAGGAGACCAUUCGUAACUCGAUUGCAAUGGGUGCCGACAAGGGUAUUCACAUCGAGACAGGCACCGCCGACUUGCAACCACUCGGAGUUGCCAAAGUCCUAAAGAAGUUGGCCGAGACUGAGAAACCAAACCUAAUCAUCUUGGGUAAACAAGCUAUCGACGACGAUGCAAAUCAAACAGCACAAAUGUUGGCCGGUCUUUUAAAUUGGCCACAAGCUACAUUUGCAUCAAAGAUUGAAGUAGAUAAAGCAAACAAUUCAGUAAAGGUAACACGUGAGAUUGAUGGUGGUUUGGAGACACUCUCAAUGAAGAUGCCAGCAAUCAUUUCAUGUGAUCUUCGUUUGAAUGAACCACGUUAUGCUAAACUUCAAAAUAUUAUGAAAUCAAAGAAAGCAGAAUUAAAAGUACAAACACCACAAGAUUUAGGAGUUGAUAUUUCAAACAAGAUUAAAACAAUUUCAGUCGAGGAACCAGCAAAGAGAUCAGGAGGUAUCAAGGUAGACUCUGUAGAUCAAAUCGUACAGAACCUCAAGAAACACGCUUUAAUUUAA